AAGUCUUCAACAAUACUCAAACGACGAAGCGAAACGGGCUCAGUGUACGUACAAUUCAUAGCAAAUCCUCUGGAUCUCAAGCGUCAAGUGACGAUUAACUCAACAAUGUCAGGCUUUCACGGGACUCAUGAUUCAUGUCCUUUGGUGAAGAACAUUCUUCUUCUAGACUCUGAAGGGAAGCGUGUGGCUGUCAAGUACUACUCCGAUGACUGGCCAACUCAUGCUGCCAAGUUGACUUUUGAGAAGUAUGUCUUCUCCAAAACCUCUAAGACCAAUGCUCGCACAGAAGCUGAGAUCACACUCUUGGACAGUAAUAUCAUUGUCUACAAGUUCGCCCAGGACCUUCACUUCUUUGUUACUGGUGGCGAAAAUGAAAACGAGCUCGUCUUGUCUUCUGUUCUUCAAGGCUUUUUCGAUGCUGUUGCUCUUCUUCUGAGGAACAAUGUGGAGAAGAUGGAUGCUCUUGAGAACUUGGAUCUCAUCUUUCUGUGCCUGGAUGAAAUGGUCGAUCAGGGGGUGGUUCUUGAAACAGAUCCUAACGUCAUUGCGGGGAAAGUAGCAAUGCAGAGCACAGAAGCUAGUGGUUCACUCUCUGAACAGACAUUAACUCAAGCACUGGCAACAGCUCGGGAACAUCUGGCAAGAAGUCUGCUUACAUGAGUUUCCUCAUAUGAACUGCAUGCCCACUCAUACUAUAAUGGACUUCCAACUUCUAUGAAGAGCACCUUUCAUGGGAUUUGUCACCGGCUUUUAUAAUCCUGUAAUAAUUCAAACGUUUUGCUUACUCUAAUAUUUGGGGUUAUAUUAUAUGAGAAUUUUGCUGUGUGUGCAAUGCUGGAAUAUUUUUGCAAGACUGGAUAUUGCAGAAUGAAGAAGACUUGUUUCUUUA